AACGAUGCUCUGUUUUGGUACAAUCUGCUCAAGACAGGAGACGGUGACACAAGGACUCGCCAUGCUGCAUGUCCAGUGCUGCUUGGAGUGAAAUGGGUCACGAAUAAGUGGGUGCACGAAAGAGGGAACGAAUUCCGUCGUCCUUGCGGCUUAAAGAUGUCAGAUGGUGAACGGUUCAUCGGUGAUCUUGGCUUUGGACCAGAGCCGAGAAAUGCUCCAAAUCUGAGCCCAGAUUUGUCCAAAGACAUUUUCAGCACCAUAUAA